GACACUCCAACACGACGAUAGCAAUUUGACAGGACCUGAAUGGUAAGUUUACUCACCCGAAGGGGUGGUAUCGGGAACUUCCAGGGCUCGGUUGAUUGACGGCCGCAUUUCGUUUACGGCGAUAACAGCAGCCCCAGCCUGCGCAUUCUCGCACUUCGGAGUGAUGUCUUCGCGGUCGUGUCCUCUCUCCCUCCGCCCUUCUCCUCUCCUCCCGUCUUCCUCUGCUCCCCUCAGAAUUAGUUUUUCCUGUCCCACAACUCUAACCCUUGGUAGCAAGAAGAAGGCACAGCUUUCCGUUCUAUGCCGCCGCUCCGACUACUUCGACCAGCAGCGCCUCUUUUCUCGACCUCCUUCGCCGUCGCAGGAUGAACCGUCCUUCUUGGCCUCUCAGCCUCCCGGAGCUCAACCUUCUAGGGUUUUCGUCGGGUAUUCCAUUUACAAAGGCAAGGCCGCGCUCACCGUUGAGCCGAGGGCUCCUGAAUUUGCCCCACUGGAGUCUGGAGCAUAUAAGGUUUCCAAGGAAGGAUUUAUCCUACUCCAGUUUGCCCCUGCAGGAGCGACCCGGCAAUAUGAUUGGAGCAGGAAACAGGUCUUUUCCCUGUCAGUAGUUGAAGUUGGUCAUUUGAUGAGUCUUGGUGCAAAGGAUUCUUGUGAGUUUUUUCAUGAUCCAUUUAAGGGAAGAAGUGAUGAAGGCAAGGUCCGUAAAGUUCUGAAGGCAGAACCUCUUCCAGAUGGCACUGGACAUUUCUUUAAUCUUAGUGUUCAAAAUCGCCUCCUGAAUGUGGACGAAAGCAUAUAUAUACCCAUUACCAAGGCGGAAUUUAGCAUUCUGAACUCGGCUUUCAAUUUUGUCAUUCCAUACCUUCUGGGUUGGCAUACCUUUGCUAAUGCUAUCAAACCGGAGGACUCCUUCCGCUCAAAUAAUGCAAGAUCUGGGCCUGAAAUGGAAUGGGGACGGUGAAGCAGAUGAUACCAGACGACAGAAGAAGCAUACUCCGAGAGCAUCCAGAUGAUGCAUUUCUUGAAAGUUGACCUGGUGAGAAAAGUUUGCUGAUCCUGUAGCCAUCUGCAAUGAAAUUUAUUGCUACUCGG